AUGAAUAUUACAACUGAAAGUAGUAUUAGCAAUGCAAUAUUAAUAGCACCAUAUCAACUGAAUAUUUGGUUAGGUUGUUUUAUAUUAAUUACAGGAAAUAUAAGUACAAUUGGCAAUAUUAUUGUAUUUUCUUCUCGAUCAUUUCGUAAUCGUGCAUGUACUAUUUAUUUAUUAGCAGAAGCAUUUGUUCUAAUUUUCUUUUUUAAUUUUGUACUUUUAACACGUACACUUCAGAAAGGUUUUCAAAUACCUCUUCUAAAUCGAUAUGAUGUCAUUUGUAGACUUCGUUAUUUUGCAUCACAAUAUAUUAAUUUACUUGCAAUAAAUCUAUUUAUAUUUGCAUCACUCGAUCGACUUUUAUCAACACAUCGUUCACCGGUAUAUAGACAAUUGAGUGGUCAAAUUAAUCUUGCUUAUAAACUUAUAUUAGUUUGUACAAUCAUUUGGUUUUUAGUAUCUUGUCAUCGAUUUAUAUUUUAUAGUACAUUCACUGGACAAUGUAUAGCUCAAGAUGGAGUUUAUGCAAUUUUUGAUAAUUAUUUCGAAGCUAUUGUAUCAGGAUUAUGUCCACCGAUAAUUAUAUUUAUAUUAGCAUAUUCACUUAUGAGAAAUGUUCGAAAUACUAUUCAAAGACAAAUAGUACAUGUUCAUACUGAACAUACUAGUAGAUCUGCACCAAAUUUAAAAUUUCUUCGAAAAACAGACAAACAAUUGACUCAUAUGUUAUUAUGGCAAACACUUGUUGCUAUACCUGCAUUUGUUCCUUAUACAAUCGAAUUAAUCUAUAUAAAUAUUAGUCAAUACUGGUCGAAAUCUGAUCAAUGGUUAGCUUGGGAAAGUAUAUGUGUCGAAACAAUUCAUUUGUUAUCUUAUACAUUUUUUAGUACACAUUUUUAUGUCUCACUGAUGUCU